CAAAGUUUGCCCAAUUUCACAUAGAUUCCUUUUGGUUUCCUUUCUGUCGUAUUACUCUAAAAUAUGGCGGUCCAAGCGAGCUCCGUCUCGUCUGACCUUCUUGAUACCGAUUCCGGCUUUACGUCCUUGGACCUUGACACCCGACUUUUACGUGCAAUAGCCAAACUUGGCUACACACACCCCACAAUUGUCCAGUCCAGCGCAAUUCCACUUGCACUUCAAGGCAAAGAUAUUCUGGCUCGUGCACGGACGGGCUCUGGAAAGACAGCUGCAUAUUGCAUGCCGGUUAUCCAAAAAAUUCUGCUGGGAAAAGAAGGUGGACGGAGUUCCAAGGAACCAGGUGUUCGAGCGCUGAUAUUGGUUCCAACGAGGGAGUUGGCGGAGCAAGUUUCGAGACAUGUGAAGGAUUUAUGUUUGUACUGCUCAAAGGAGGUAGUUGCGGUGAAUUUAGCGACGAGCGAUCAGUCGGUGGCCAAUCAAAAAGCCAUUUUAGCAGAAAGACCGGAUAUUAUAAUUGCAACACCGAGCAAGAUUCUGGCUCAGUUGGAAGCACAUAACGUGGAAUUGAAGGAUUCAUUGGAAUCUCUGGUAAUCGACGAAGCUGAUCUGAUUCUGUCCUAUGGAUACGAUGAGGACGUUCGUAAGGUUCUGGGCUUCCUCCCAAAGAUAUACCAAAGCUAUCUUAUGAGUGCAACCAUGUCAUCCGACGUAGAUCAGUUAAAACAACUCGUUCUCCGUAAUCCAGCCAUCCUCAAACUCAACGACGCAGCAGCCAGCGAAUCCCUACUCACUCAAUACUUUGUCAAGUGUCUGGACAACGACAAAUUCCUUCUUACAUAUUUCAUUCUGAAACUCCGGAUACAUCCCUUUGGUACAGGGAAAUGUAUCAUAUUCGUCAAUGAUAUAGAUCGGUGCUACAAGUUAAAACUAUUCCUGGAGCAAUUUGGAAUAAAAUGCUGUACUUUGAAUUCAGGACUUCCUUUGAAGAGUCGAUAUCACAUCGUGCAGGAAUUCAAUAGGGGGGUAUAUGAUUACAUCAUAGCAACGGAUGAGGCUGGUAUGUUGAACAACGAGCGAGAUUCAGACGACGAAGGCGAUGCGGAGGAUGAGCAAGGUGCUGCCGAAGUCGAGGAUGAUGAAGAACAUGAGUCGACAGGCCGGAAACGGUCGGCACCUUCAGAUUCUGCAUCAUCGAAGAAUAAACGCCAAAGACAGCAACCGAAAGACACCGAGUAUGGAGUCUCUCGUGGAAUCGACUUUCAAAACGUUCAAUCCGUCAUCAACUUCGAUCUCCCCAUUUCCUCACGUUCGUACAUGCAUCGCGUUGGCCGAACUGCACGAGGCGUCGGUAACCAAGGUUGGGCUCUAAGUUUUGUGGUGCAAUCCCCUGAAAGUCCCACUCCCCUCCCACCAAAGAAGAAAAAGGGCCAGCAACCUGUGUCUGCCAAACCUAUUGAAGAUGAAUCUGUUCUUGAGCGGAUACAAAGGAAACAGACUGCGAUUGGGCGGAGUAUAACUCCCUACACUUUUGACAUGAAGCAGGUGGAAGCCUUCAGGUACAGAGCAGAGGAUGCCCUUAGAGCAGUAACAAGAACCGCAGUGAAGGAGGCGCGAAUGAAAGAAUUAAAGAUGGAGAUAUUGAAUUCGGAGAAGCUUAAGGCACAUUUUGAGGAUAACCCAACAGAUCUCCAAGCUCUCCGCCACGACAAACCACUCCACCCAGCCCGCGUUCAGCAGCAUAUGAAACAUGUCCCCGAUUACCUCCUUCCCUCAAAGAAUAAUGCGUCGUCGAGAACGCGGGUGGGAAAUGUACCAUUUAGAAUGCAGAACAAUCGACGACGGGGACGGGGACAGGGACAAGGGCGUGGUGGUGCAAGGGGAAGAGGACAAAGUCGGAAACAGGAUCCAUUGAAGAGUUUUACUCACGUAAAAUAGUGCAAAUAUCCAAGGCAUAGUUUAAUGUACAUUCGAAGCAUUUUGUAUAGGUAUACAUCUUUUGGAUACUAUCAUUUCACUUUAUGUGAUAGAUAUCAAAUGGGGGAAUUCGGAAGAGAUGAGAGCCAUGACAUCGUCCACACGUUUAUCAUACCAAUCGCCCGUCUGCAGUGAAUGCAGUGAGAAAUACACUCCGGUAAUAUCACAAAGCAAAGUAACCCA